UUGGACAAUCGUGCAGAUGAGGUUCAAACGACCGUGCAAUCGAAAACCAGUUGGUCAGGUGGCCAAGCGGGAGCAGGAGGACAGGGUAAGAAAGGACGUGGUCAGAAUGGGGUGAUGGGCAAAACACUUGAAACUCCUCAGAUCAGUUUCCUACGAUUCACUCCGGAUAUGAUGCGAAAGAUACCAAUUGCCAUUGCCCAUCCAGAUCAAUGCGCCAUGGUCCUUCAUCAGGCCAAGAUCGACUACUUUGUGAACACGAGCGAAUCAAACUCGAAAGCAUGCCUGAGGUUGAUUCGUCUACGAGACCGAUUGUCAUUUCUGGAAGACCUCAAAGCCACUGAUCCAAUUUACGUCGCCUACCAGGAAGCUGAACCCCGUAUGCAUCUCGUUCCUAGUGAUUUCCAUUCACUGGGAUCUGGAGAGCUCAGCAGUAUCACUCGCUUGAGACGCGUGGCGGCCGAAGUGGAUGUGCUUCUUCGUCAAAUUGAUUCGGGUUUAGACUUUUUCAAUCAUACACCACAAUGGGUUCCACGCGCCUCAUACACUUUCUACGAGGACUUGACCGAGAGUCUGUUGGACAACUUCAUCCGAACCGAAGGGGCUUGGCAUCGCUAUGAGUCUGCCGUUACAGCGCAAGAUGCCCGUCUUCGCUCAGUACAGGAGAUGAAAGAUUCUUGUCGUAUCCAGAUCAUCAAUCUAAACGAGAGGGUUCGUCGUUUGGGCAUUGACCUAGAAAAAGCGGUCAACACGAUUGGAGAUCAAGACACAUUGAUGCGAGAGACAAAAGCAGCGUUAAUGGAACAGAUCAACGUCAAUAAGGAAGCGAUUAGAACAUGUAAAAUCACUGGCGGAGUAGAAUUUGAAGACUUGGUUGAAGCAGCUACAACAAUUGCCUUUUGCCCGAACCCCGGAAUGAUUUCAGUUCAAGCUGUGGGUUUAUCGUACAAGGACAACAAGCGGGCGGGCAUAGAGUCGGAUGAUGGUGAUCAUAUUAAGCCUGAGCUAUUGCUUGAAAAGGUCGUCUCGGUCCGUGGAGGGGUUGAGAAGCUCGUACAAGGGUACAAACUAUCAAAGGUAGAGUCGGGGACUGUCGAUAUGGACGAUCCGGGAGCGACCAAAUUGAUCAUGGAGAAAAACGAGUACAUGGAUAUUGUCGGGAAAUUCAAGAAAGCUUUGGGUAAAGCAAACCUGAAAUUAGUCGAAGAUGCAUUCCAGGCCCACAUCGACGCGACGAUCAAAAGGAAUCAGAGUAUUCUCGACUACAACGCAUCGGUCAACAUACUCGUCAAGCACAAAGAGCGGGUGGUGGCCUUGCAAGAAAAAUCAAGUGAUUUGUCAGAUGCUGUUCUGGCGGGAACGGACCCCAAUCUUCCCGGCAUUGCCAUUAUGAUGCAGCAAUUGCAUGCCGAGUCGUUAUGGGCCUUACUGGAGGGGUUAUAUAUGACCCAGCGAGCUUUAAGAUUUCAUUCACUUGCCGUCGACACCGAGCUCUUUCCUCCUACCACAUCACAGAACUUGUCGGCCCUCGAUUCCGCCACUUUGGGAAUGGUGCGCACACGUCUGCUCAGAAGCUAUCGGAACAGUAUCGAAGAGACAGGACGCAAUCCUCAACAGUUCGUCAGGAUCCGUUAUUACCUGACAGAAGCCGAUCUGAAACGAUGGAAAAGACAGAUCACCAUGAAGACCAUCAUAGAUAUACCCCCGGUAUACCACGAGACCCCCAUCGGGGAUCACUCCUUGGCUGGAAGAUCCAAUAUUCGACUGGAUACCGUGCGCUUCUUCGUUGAAGGUUUAAAGACUACAUAUCCAACGGUAACCUUGACCCUGACACAAUUGGGUACCGAGAUCAUUGUCGAUCACCGAAAUAAACAAAACGAAUUCCAGCACGAACAAGUGCGCUUGCAGUUCCAGUAUGAGGCGGGUACCAUGUCUUUGGUCGAGUCUGGCACUGUCGAUGGCAAUUUGUCAAAAAACUUCAAUGAUCCAUAUGCCAAGAUAGGUCCUUUCGCCUCCUGGAUGUUGGAGAUUGACCCUCGUUACAAUCCAGGCGUAAAUAUCAAGGAAGCGACGAGCGCUUGGUUUGAAUUCAGCGGA